CUAACCUACUUAUUUGAGAGGAAGACACGUCAGCUCAGCUAACUAACCUUGCCGUCUCGACUGCACCUCUGCCGUCAGAGAAAACGAAACCACGUGAGACGGUCAACUCAACCUUUAAAAAACUGACCAUCCCCGCCCCUUUCACUAUGGCUGCCCUGGAGUGGAAAGCAAGUGAACGGCCCACGACGCGUGCGCAGUAACCUUCGCAAUGUGGCCUUGCGUUGGUAAACCUUUCCAACGCUUAAAUCAGCGACAUUGCGUUUUGAUCUCCAAAGUGUGUGUCCAGCAGCUGCACAGUAGCAGCAGUGAGUUUACAGACAGCUGCUAUGAUGGGCUGUAUCCAGGCCACAUCCCCACCACGCCCAUCCAGAAAGCCCUGUUGGCCAUCGGGUCAGGUGUGGCUGCACUCCAGGACCCCUACAGACAUGACAUGGUUGCAGUGCUCGGAGAGACGACAGGACACCUAGCAUUGAUAAAUCUCAGGGACAGGAUGAGAAAUGACCCUGAAGGCUACACUAUUCUAACAGAAAGGCCCAGGAUCCGGCUGUCUACACUUGAUCUGAGCAAGAUGGCCUCACUGCCUGAUGGCUCUUUUGGGAGAGAAUACCUCCGUUUUCUGGAGGACAAUCAUGUGACCCCUGACUCAAGGGCAGAUGUGAAGUUUGUGGACAAUGAGGAGUUAGCUUACGUCAUGCAGAGAUACAGAGAGGUCCAUGAUUUGUUGCACACCUUACUGGGCAUGCCCACCAACAUGCUGGGUGAAGUGGCAGUAAAAUGGUUCGAAGCUGCUCAGACGGGGCUUCCCAUGUGCGCUCUUGGAGCUGUGUUGGGGCCACUUCGGCUAAAUACAAGCCGUUUACAGUCACUGUUCACAACGUUGGGACCCUGGGCAAUGCAGAAUGGGCGGCGGGCCCGCUGCGUCCUCAGUAUCUUCUACGAGCGACGAUGGGAGCAGAACCUUGAAGACCUCCGACUAGAGCUCAACAUCGAACCGCCUCCUGUCAUACUCGGUGCAUCCAACAAGAGGAGCACCUGAGAGAGAUUAAGGGUUCAGAAAUCACUGGACAAAAGACUUUUAAUAGUGGACAAACCAUAAAUGUUUGAAGGGUGACACUGUGGAAUUUUUUGUAUUAACUAUUGAAGAAAAGGGGAAAUUUCACACUUGGCAAACUUUGGCUUGUUCCUUCUUAGAUCCUAAAUUUAUCUGCCCUGGUGUCUAUUCAUCUUUUGCUUUAAGUCUGAAUCCUUCCGAGUGGAGUUAUUUUAGCUGAUGAAAUGUUCAAGUGUUUGUGAUCUUCUGAUGCUGUUAGACAGAAGAUCUGGUUGAACAGGCCAUGUUCAGUCACCAUCUGUUAAUGAGCACGUGACAGAGAAUGUGUUGUUGUUUUAAGCCUUGAAAUGUAAUAUUAGUAAUGGUCCAGUAUUAUAAUUUUUAUGCCAACAUUUGGCCAGAUGUGAAAUUGGUAUUUAUGUGACCAUUUUAUAAUUUAAUACAGCUUUCAAAUUAUUGAGAAAUAGUUUAAUGUGCACCAGCAGUUGUACAAACACCAAUCGGUGGGAAAGGAGCAGGUGCAUCCUCUUCUCUUAUCUUUUGAGUCACUGCGUUAUUGCGUGCUGUACCGUCAGUACAUUGUGCCUGUUCUUUCUACAAUAAUAAUGUGUACAAAUUUUGUACAUUGGUCUACAGGAGGAUAUGAUGAGUAAAUUCAGUGUAAAAAAAUUUAAUUUUUUCUAGUUAAAAGCAGUGAAAAACAAUUUAAAGUUGUUUUUUUUUUUUUUUAAUUUUUUUUGGUAAUGUUUAGAUGGUUAAUUUCACAGCUCAAAACAUAUGAACAAAAUAUUUUUGCUGAACCUUUCCAUUAAAUGCUCUGGACACAAAGGUAAUUCUUGACUUCACUCAUUGCAUUGGGGCCAUGACACUUACAUGU